GGCGAGACCCCGCCCCGGAAAUGCGUGUGCUAGCUUUCUGUGUGCUUAGGUGCCCGAGCUACUGAGGGUCUAGGUCCGGGCAGCCGAAGAGUGUGGUAGGUAACGGUCGUCAGCGCAAGGGUCAUUUCGUCGCUGGGAAGGGACGGCCCUCGCCCGCGGUGAUGGUGGUUAGCAAGAUGAACAAAGAUGCGCAGAUGAGAGCAGCGAUUAACCAAAAGUUGAUAGAAACUGGAGAAAGAGAACGCCUCAAAGAGUUGCUGCGAGCUAAAUUAAUUGAAUGUGGCUGGAAGGAUCAGUUGAAGGCACACUGUAAAGAGGUAAUUAAAGAAAAGGGACUAGAACACGUUACUGUUGAUGACUUGGUGGCUGAAAUCACACCAAAAGGCAGAGCCCUGGUACCUGACAGUGUAAAGAAGGAACUCCUACAAAGAAUAAGAACAUUCCUUGCUCAGCAUGCCAGCCUUUAAGAUUGAAUUAGAUUGUGUUGUUUUGUGGUUUUAUUUCUAAAGUAAAACUUGCCAUAAAUUAGGAAUCGAUUUCCCAAAAUAAAAUCCUUUUUUGUAUGAUGGUAUACAGUUUUCAGUAAUGAUGUAUACAUUGUAUUGAUUUUUUUCCCUAAAUGUGUUAUUUUAAUAAAUAUCUCAUGAAUGAGUUUGAAGUUUCCUUGGAUUUUGGAAUAAAUGGGACUUUAUUAAUAAUUCAUCAGAUUUAUUGAGAGAAAAGUCAGCAAUUAAUACAGUUUAAGUGUUAAGUAUGUAAAUGUUAAGUAAGCACAUCUCUGUACUAACAGUUUAGGAGAAGUCAGCAGCCUCUUCUGAUUGUUUGGAUGUAGUAUAUGCCUCUUUUGAAUCCCUAUAUUUUAUAAUAUAUGUCCCAUCUUGUACUAUGGAUACCUUAUUUCUUAUUUGUUAUAAACGCUGAGGGUUAGGACUGGGUCUUACUCAUCUUUAUGUGCCUUCCUUAUUCCUCAAAGAAUUUACCAUCUUACUGGAAGAGAGAACAUUUGCAAAGCGGCUCCAUACCAAGCUCCUCUCAUAUACUCUACUCAUCUGAACUUUGAAAACAGAAACUAAAUUGCAUCCCCACAUACUAAGGUCAAGAACGAACUAAUGGGAAAUAAUCUCCACCCAUAGCUUUACUCUGACAUCAAGAUUGCCAAAUCCAUGGACUUUUGUCUGUUCUUAUGUGAGCUCUGCUGGAAAAUGAGAAUGUUGACCAUCCUGCCACUUGGACCUCUUCCCACUUCUCACGUUGUUUAGACCUCCCACUGGAACCUCCUGUUUCUUGUGGAUACCUUUCGCUAUAUGGAACUUUAAAUAAUGAUGUUUCUUAGUGCUCCCUCUGGGCCCUCUGCCUAAUGAUAUGAUUUCCUGGGCAGAUCCCAGGAAACUUGGGUCGGACCAUGGCUUCAGAUACUAACGUUGAUAAAUGGUAAACUGCAUCUCCAACCCAGCCUCAGGAUCCAUAUACUCAACUGCUAUGGAUCAGCUUCCUUGAAUGUUCCAUAAAACACCUCAAACUGACCACA